AUGGAAUACUUGGAAGGACUACAAAAGAGGUUUUACCUCGGAUAUUCUUACAAAUACAACACCUUUCAAUUCAAUCCAGUUAUCUUAGUAGAUUCUCUCAAGUUGGAAAUUCAGCAGUACUUGAAAAAUACCCCUUGGUACUGGAUACUACGAGACUGUGUCUUCAUCCAUUUGGUCUUCAAGUUCUUUUCGAAGAUACUACUAUACAUAAGAGGAUAUGGGUUAAUAACAUCUCUUGGCAAGCUAUACCAUUAUUUUGGUAAAAGGUUGUUCAGCGUUAUUUUGAGUAUGCCUGGAAUUAGGGGCUCUGUUGAAAAACAGGUUUCCAAGGCCUUGACGUCCAUAGAAGCGGAUUUGAUUAAGAACGACCCUCAGUUGGAAGACUAUACAGAACUACCUUCCGAAGGAUUGAGUGAAGAAAAAGUACUAGAAAGUUUGGAUAAGUUAAAUAGUGUUUUGAGGCAUUCUGACUGGAAAAACGGGAAAGUGUCAGGGGCUGUUUAUCACGGCGGUGAUGAGUUGAUUGAUUUGCAAUCGAAAGCGUUCCAAAAAUACUGUAUAGCCAAUCAAUUGCAUCCAGAUGUUUUCCCAGGAGUCCGUAAAAUGGAGGCAGAGGUGGUUUCUAUGGUGCUAAAAAUGUUUAAUGCGCCGGAGACGGGCUGUGGAACUACUACUAGCGGUGGUACAGAAUCCUUGUUGUUGGCAUGCUUAAGUGCAAAGAUGUAUGGGUUACGUUUCAAGGGUAUUAGAGAACCAGAAAUGAUUAUUCCCAAAACUGCACAUGCUGGUUUUGAUAAGGCGGGUUACUACUUUGGUAUCAAGAUACAUCACGUCGAUUUGGAUCCUGUUACGUACCAAUGUGAUGUAAAGCAAAUGAAAAGACUCAUUAAUAGAAACACAGUUUUAUUGGCAGGAUCGGCACCAAACUUUCCUCAUGGUAUUAUUGAUGACAUUGAGACAAUCGGAAAACUGGGAGAAAAGUAUAAAAUCCCAGUCCAUGUUGAUUGUUGCUUGGGCUCAUUCAUUGUUGCAUUUAUGGCUAAGGCUGGUUUUGAUGACGUUCCAUUGUUUGACUUCAGAGUACCUGGCGUUACAUCAAUCUCUUGCGACACGCAUAAAUAUGGUUUUGCACCUAAGGGAUCGAGUGUAAUUAUGUACCGCAGUCCAUUACUCAGAAAACAACAGUACUAUGUUAGCACUGACUGGACUGGUGGUUUAUAUGGUUCCCCAACGCUUGCGGGAAGCAGACCUGGUGCAUUAGUUGUAGGCUGUUGGGCAACAUUAGUCCAUUUCGGCGAAAAAGGUUACAUUGAAUCAUGUAAAGAAAUUGUGGGGAAGGCCAGAUCGUUGAAAGAAUUUAUCAAAAAAGAGGUGCCUGAUCUUCAAAUUUUAGGUGAUCCACUAUGCUCCGUGAUCUCUUUUACUUCAAACACAAUUAAUAUUUAUGAACUAUCUGACACUUUAUCGAAGAGUGGAUGGCAUUUCAGUGCACUACAAAAACCAGCAUCUGUGCAUUUCGCUCUCACUCACCUGACGCUCCAAUCAAUAGACGAAUUAAAACAGGCUUUAAAGACCACCGUUGAGAAAAUGAAAUCCGAACCAAAUGCAAAGCCAUCUAGUGAUGGAACUGGUGCAUUGUAUGGUGUAGCAGGAAGUGUUAAAACUGCAGGCGUCGCAGAUCGUUUGAUCGAAGGCUUUUUGGACAGUUUAUACAAACUUGAACCUGAAACGUAUUAA